AUGUCUGAUAUCGAUGAAGAUUUGUUAGCUCUGGCAGGUGUCGGAAGCGACGAGGAAGAGGAAGAAGAAGAGGCUCUCGUAAAUUCAUCUAAGAAAAGAACGAGGGCAGAUCAAAGCUCUUCUAAGAAGAGAAGAAUUGUGGAUGAAGAGGAGGACCAAGACGAUGGUGAGGAUGAAGAAGAUGAUGGAUAUAAUCCAGAUGGGGAUAAUUAUAUGGAUGACCAGGAUGUUGAAGAGGAGGAGAAUCCUUUUCCUUUAGAAGGAAAAUUUAAAGACGAAGAUGACAGGGACUAUCUUGAAUCUCUUCCUGAAAUGGAGCGUGAAACAUUACUUUUUGAUAGGUCUCAGAUCAUGCAAAAAUACCAAGAGCGUAAAAUGCUAAAAGAACGUGCCAGAAACAUCAGAGAGCAGCAAGAGAAAAGACAGCUUCAACAAGAAGGCAAAAAGACCCGCACAUCUACACGUUCAACGCGUACUACCGGCCAUAGUGACCUAAAAGAGUCCAAGCUUUCGGAGCUGAAACGUCAAAGGGCGAAGAAAAGUGGGCACUACGAUUAUAGUGAAGAAGAAGACGAUAGUGGAAAAGAAGAUGACUUUGAGUAUGACGAAGAGGAAGUCGAUGAGGACGAUGAGUACGAACCAAUGUACGGUAAAAGUCAAUACGGAGAAGAAGAAGAAGAGUUGAAAUGGGCUGAGGAGGAUGAUUUAGACAGAGAAAUAAACCUUGCAGAUUUCAACAAAGUAAAGAUCGGCCGUUCAUUUGUCGCAAAAUUUUGCUUUUACCCCGAUUUUAAUGACCUUGUUAAAGGGUGCUAUGGGAGAGUAAAUGUCGGAACAGAUAAACAUAGUGGGCAAACUCUUUACAGAAUGGUGAAGAUAGAAAGGGUGUUUUUGCAGAAGCCCUACAACAUGGGCAAAUUUUUUACCAAUCAAUAUUUCGGUGUAACUCAGGGAAAAGACCGCAAGGUCUUUCAAAUGAACUUUUUUAGUGAUGGAAGCAUAACUCAGCCUGAGUAUGAAAGGUAUUUAACCUCCCUUGAAAAGGCUGAAAUCAAUAAACCUUCACUUUACAAGCUCAAUAAUAAAUCAAACGAAAUAAAUUCAUUCGUAUCGCAACCAAUGACAUCAAAACUAACGGACGAAAUCGUACGCAACAGAAUGGUGUUUAACAAAAAGCUCUCGGGAACUAAUGCUGUUUUGGAAAAGACUAUGCUUCGCGAUAAAUUGCAAUUUGCAAAAGAAACAAAUAAUCAAAGAGAUAUUGCGAAAUAUUCAUCACAGCUGAAAAAUUUGGAAAAGCGUAUCUCUUCUUAUGAAAAACAUCACGAAAAUGAUCAAACUGGCAUGAAGAAGUUGGGUGCACUAACGUCGAAAAAUCGUAGAGUUAACCUUGAUAAACUUAAAAAUGUGGAGACUGUCAAGAAGGAGGAUACAAGUUUUGAUGCGAAAACUGACCCCUUUAGCAGAUUAAAAACAAGAACUAAAAUCUAUUACCAAGAGGUACAAAGAGAAGAGAAUGAACGAGCCAAAGAAAUGGCAAGACAGAAGCAGAUGGAGCAGGAUAGUGCCACUGCUGUUCAGAAAGAAAGGAAACUACUACUUGCCAAAUAUAAGACCCUAGGAGGCCUUGAAGAGAUUAUCGGAGGAAUUGAUCUCAAGAUUGACAUUGGUAUUUAG